AAUAGUAUAAAAGCAGUAAGAUCUGUCCAAACGUUUUACACUUUUUACAAAAUAAUAGCAAGAUUGUACUAAAAAUGUGUUUUUAAGAAAAAUAAAUUAUUUAAGUUAAUUAAAAAAUAAUUAAAAGUAUAUUCUGUGUUUUUAGUUUUAUUUAUGGUAAACAAAUCAUUACAACGACCUCCCCUUUUAAUUAUGCACUUGUUUGUCAUUAAAUCUGUCUAUAAACAAAAAGUAGACAAAAUGGUAGUGUUAUUAGUCAGAAGGAUGAAUGUUUUAUGAACUUUUAUAAUAAAAUUGACCCGAGUUCACCUACACUGGUCAUUUGUGAUCAACGCCCCCUAGUGGAGAAUCGUCGGAUUUUCGAAACGUUUCGAAACAGUUAUGACGUAAUGAAGCCUCGCUAGCUAAAAUCGCGUGAUUUUGGCCAGUUUGAAAUAAGCUCCGAACCACUGAUUCAAAACAAAAGAUUCGUAAAUGUUUCGAAGCCUCAUGAAGCGUGCUUCGAAAUCGCCCAUCAUCACUACUUGAGCACUAGAGGGCGCCAUAGACGGUCUCUCGGUCUGAUUGUCGUCACGUGAUUUGAAGUGGCAAGGAAAUGUGUACAGCGAAACGCGUGUGCAGCGAAAGUUGUUUUUAGUGUUUACUAAUUUAAUUUCUGUUUAAAAGCCUUCCAUUUUGAUACAACACGUGGACAUGACUCUCUUUCAGUAUGUGUUUGUGAAGAAAUGGUAAUUUAUCGAGCCUCUACAGUGGUCUGACUGCUAUCUUCAUGCUCUGGUGUGGGAUCAGGGAACGUUGCCACCUCCUGUUUCCCCUGUGUACCCUGGUGAAAUAUGGAGGAUGUAAAGGGGGACAUGGAUGCUGAGAGUGACAGUGAGCAUCAGACGACCGGAGAUGAUGUGAUUGACAUCAGUUUCUGUGGCUCCACCCCUCUGUUGUGGAAGGUGUCGGAUAUAAAGAGGUGCAGAGGUGCAGGUGUGAUCGGGGCUCUUGUUGGCUCUCUGGCCCGUCAGCCUCGGCAGAAUGUUCGACUGGGGAGACCGCUGGAGCUGAUGCAGGAGGAGGCUCUGCUGCUGGAGGAGACGAGCGCUGCUACAGCAUCACUGCACACUCAGGAAUGUGAAGAUGAGGAAGUGCAUUCACAGGCCGUGAGACAGUAUGAAGCAGGACAGGAGAGCAGUUAUAAGGAGCAGUGCGCUCUGGCCCUGGAGGAUAAGAAGACAGUGCUGAGAAGAAUCAUGCAAGAGAAGGACCAUGGUUCCGAUGACUCUGGGAAUGCAGUUAAAGAUCGUCUUACUGCACUGGACCAAGGUUUUAGUUUUCCACGGUCAGCCAUGGCAGUCCAGCUUUGUACUGCUCGCUCCGGCUUCAGUCAGUGUCUGGAGGAACGCAGUUUCCUGUCCACCGAUUGGCCGAUGCCUAGAGAUGAACGCCUGGAAACCAGAUUCCAUGUAUACAGGGAUCUGAGAAGUAAAGGCUAUUAUCUGACCUCCGCAGGGAAGUUUGGAGGAGAUUUUUUGGUAUAUCCUGGUGACCCUCUACGCUUUCAUGCUCAUUUCAUUGCGCUGUGUAUGCCCAUUGAUGAACAGAUACCGAUUUGUGACAUUCUAGCUAUAGCUCGGCUGGGCUCUAAUGUGAAGAAAACAGUGUUGCUUUGCUCUCCUCAGAUGGGAAAGGAUGAGGGAUGUGUGGUGUAUUCAUCACUGCAGUGGAGCUCUAUGGUUUAACUUGACUGAACUUGUUCAUUCAUUUUGAUUGUUGAUCAGUGGUGUGGUGCUGUUCAGGCAUGUCAAAAAAAAAAAACUCAAACGCGCCUUUAUGUGGAAUAAAACAUUGAGACAACCAAAUUCUCUUUAUGUACAGGAUGAAGUAUGCAAGAGGAAGAUCUUAAUACAAUGAAUGUUUUAGGAAUCUGUUAUUUAUAACAUUUGUUUCCAUUGUUUUUCAUUGCUUGUUUGUAUUUGUUCUGUUUUACCUCCAAAAAUGUGUAACUUCCUGGAAGAUUACAUCACCACUAUGAUUUUUAAAAAUAAGAUUAAAAAAACUAUAAGUGGUGGUGAAAUUGACAUCGUGGUAAAGACACCUUGUGUAAACACUAUGAAUA